AUGAGGGUAUAGCUUAUUGUGUGCCCAGAACAUUUAUUUUCUGUAUAUUUGUAUUUAUAUAUAUGGGAAGGAGACUGUGUCUCUGAUGCUGCCAUUGUAACCAAGAGAAAGGGGGGUGUUUUUGUAAAAAAGGCGUGUAUUUUGUAUUUGGGCGUGUAUUUCACCGCGCAGCAACUAUUUUUUCCCGUUUCUAAUUCUCAAAUGUUGUGAGAUUUCCUCUUUGGACACUGAAUACCAGAGAUCCCAGGUCACUUCAGGCUCUUCAGCUGCUGCAGAAACAUUUCAGGGGGCUCCACAGAGGGUUCCUAUGUCCUUGUUAUUAUUGUUAUGUCACAGACUGUUAUCAGUCCACCAUCUUUAUUUCACACACAGACUUCCCAGUCUCCUCCCACUAUUCCCAAGGCUGAAACAUUCUGACUUCCUUCACAAUCAAUUCACUUCAUACAAAUGAACAAAGCAAAUACAUAACAGUUACCAACUGAAAUAUUCCAGCACAGAAACCCCCUGUCCCACAGACACAUUAAAUCCAUAUUUUGUCAGGUUGUGGGCAAGUUAUUUGAAUACUGGGAAAUCCCACCAGCACUAGGACCAUGAAGCUCCUGCCUCCUUGGGGGGAGGGGCCAGAGCACCAUUUUGUGGCAGUUACACACACAGAACAGAACAGGGUUACCAGGUUGGUUUACUGCCAAAUUGGCUGGUUUUGAAAUGUAAAUGUCCAAACCCACCAGUUUUGGGCUAGUUUUGGGCUAGUUUUAAUAGGUGUCGUGGGUUUGGACUUUCAAAACCCGCCCAAAUGUUUUCAUGUAAAUUUUAGUGACGUCAGUCGUCAGUUCACUGGUGGAGACUCCCCUCGCGGCUUUGCUGGGCCGGCGCUGGUUGGACUGUGCGUGCUGAUUGGCUGUGACACUGCGUGAAUUAGCGGAGACGUCGCGGCUUGUCACCGUCAUGUGACUCUUCCACAACUUCUCUCUGCGGCUGUCAGCUCAGCGUGAGCUCCAGAACUGGCUGCAGACACAGAGGGGGAAGGUUGCCAGUCCCAGGCAAGGAGGGAGAAGAGGUAGAGAAGCCCCAGAAGCCAAUGAUUGUGAUUCUUUGGAUAAAGACAAGAGACCAUUAGACUGUGCAACUUCUCCAACACCAGCAAAUCCUCACAUUGGAAAGAAACAUCUGGAUCAGACUCAGAAUCACCAUCAUUACAAUGAACAUUCCCAACUCCCAGAAUGAACUUCCCUCAGUAAGAAAACAAUUCAAAUGCUCAGAAUGUGGGAAAACAUUUACUCACAACAGUCACCUUCAAAAUCAUAUGAGGAUUCACACCGGAGAGAAACCAUUUAUGUGCACAGAAUGUGGGAAAAAAUUUACACACAACAGUCACCUUCAAUAUCAUAUGAGAAUUCACACAGGAGAGAAACCAUUUAUGUGCACAGAAUGUGGGAAACGUUUCAGGGAAAACAGUGCCCUUAGAAAUCACCAGAGCAUUCACACAGGGGAGAAAAUGUUCCAGUGCACAGAAUGUGGGAAAAUAUUUGCUAGAAAAGGGCACCUUCGUAUUCACCUGAGCACUCACACAGGAGAGAAACCUUUCACAUGCACAGAAUGUGGGAAAACAUUUUCAAGAAAUGACAAUCUUCAAAUUCACCUGAAAACUCACACGGGAGAGAAACCAUUCAAGUGUAGAAAAUGUGGAAAAAGUUUCAUACUAAAUUGUCUCCUUAAAUGCCACAUGAAAAUUCACACAGGAGAGAAACCUUUCAAGUGCACAGAAUGUAACCAACGUUUCACUCUACUGAGAACCCUUACAGUUCACCAAAGAAUUCACACCGGGGAGAGACCUUAUACAUGCACAGAAUGUGGGAGAAGUUUCAUGGCAAAAUCACACCUGAAAAUACACCAGAGAAUUCACACAGGGGAGAAACCUUACAUGUGCGCAGAAUGUGGGAAAAGUUUCCUGACGGAGUCACACCUUAAAAGACACCAGAGAAUUCACACAGGGGAGAAACCUUAUAUGUGCACAGAAUGUGGGAAACGUUUCACUGUAAAGACUAACCUUAAAAAACACCAGAGAGUUCACACUGAGGAGAAACCUUAUGCAUGUACAGAAUGCGGGAAAAAACUUUCUACAAAGAACAGUCUUUCUUCUCACAUAAGUGUCCACACAGGAGCUUUUACAUGUACAGAAUGUGGAAAACAAUUGUCUUGUAAGAAAAACCUUGAACGACACAUACAACGUCAUGUAGAAGAAAAAAAAAUCCCAUGUAUAGUAUGUAGGAAAAACUUUUCAAAUGAGAGAAACCUUCUCCACACAACUCACACUGAGGAGAAACCGUUCAUAUGCACAGAAUGUAAGAAUAUGUCUCUCCCCGUUCUUUUCCCAUGCACAGAAUGUGGCAAACAGUUCUCUAAAAAGAAAUAUCUUACCAAACACCGGAGAAUUCACACAAGGACUGAAACGUUCCCAUGUACAGAAUGUGGCGAACAUUUCCCUACAAAGAGAUACCUUGCCAUACACAAGAGCUUUCACUUAAAAAGGGAAACUUUCCAGUGUACAGAAUGUGGCAAAUAUUUCUUAACAAAGUUCUACUUUCAGCAGCAUUGUGUUACCCACACAGGGGAGAAACCAUUCACAUGCACUGAAUGCGGCAAAUGUUUCUCUAUGAAGAUGAACCUUACUCGACACCAGAAAAUUCACAUAAAAAGGGAAACUUUCCCAUGCACCGAAUGUGGCAAAACUUUCUUUACAAUAGCCAGCCUUCAGAAGCAUUCUAUGGCCCACACAGAGAAGAAACCUUUUGUGUGCACCGAAUGUGACAAACCUUUCUCUAAUAAGAGUGGCCUUCAACGACAUUAUGUCACUCACUCAAAGGAGAAACCUUUCAUGUGCACAGAAUGUGGCAAAUGUUUCUCUAUAAAGAUGUACCUUAACAAACACCAGAGAAUUCACAUAAAAGGGAAACUUUCCGAUGUACAGAACGUGACAAGUGUAUCUUGAAAAAGGGCAGCCUUCAAUGGCAUUAUAUAAUCCACACUUUAGGAUGGAACUGCUUUCUGACAGACCAUUGUUUCUCCUACUCAAUGUAACUGAAGGAGUAGCAGUGAGACAUGGAUUUUUAAGUGCUGUUCUUAUAUCUACCAGGGAGCUGUUAUCUGGUUACCUUCCCAUUGUUCUUCUGAUGGGGGGGAAGGAAAGGGGGUGAUAUCACUCCAUCUUGCAAUGCAGCAGUUAAGAGUGACUGAAGUUCAUCAGAGCACAUGACUGUGGGCACUUAGGAAACUGACAGUAUAUCUAAGUCCAUGACAAAUUUCAAAAUUAAAUAUUAAAAAUAUCAGUUUACUCUUUUGAAAAAUGGAUUAAAUACAUAAGUCUGCUGGAGCAGAACUAUUAAUAUUUUGAUGCAUUUUGAAAAAAAAAAUGUUUUCCCAUGACAGUAUCCCUUUAAGAAACUAAUGUCCCCUUUGAACCUUUCAUGGCAGAUUCAGGUCAGUUUUAUAUGUAUAAUAGAGCAUGAAUGUAUAUUUUAUAUGUAUAAUAGAGCAUGAAUGUAUAUUUUAUAUGUAUAAUAGAGCAUGAAUAUAUAUUUUAUAUGUAUAAUAGAGCAUGAAUGUAUAUUUUAUAUGUAUAAUAGAGCAUGAAUGGGGACAUGAGCACAUGGUCCAUUUUUUCCUGACUGAGAACUUGGCUAAUUGUUGGCCACCCAGGGACCCAAGUGACAAAUGGGCUGAUAACUGGUGCCACCUAGGACGCAGGCCCCUGGGGGCCGUAUAAGUAUUAACCAAGAAUUCUUUUAUCAGUUCCUUGGAAAUACAGUUGGGAAAACUCCAGCUAUUGACAAAAAUAAUUUGAGCUUGGAAAUUGUGUGGGUACGGGGGGUGCAAUGAUGAUUUAUUAAGAAGUAAUGGCAGCUGUUAUUAUUUAAGGGAUACUCCCAGCCCAUAAUAUCCCCUUUUAACAACUAUCUUUACAAAUGUCUCCCCUUUUUUAGAUGUAAAAUAUAUGGACUUUAUUAAAUGACAAAGUGUAAAGAUACUAAGCCAUUUCUUCUCUUUUACUUUCUUGUUUCAGCGACCAAGGGCUGUAGUCAUUUUCCCAUAUACAGUGGUACCUAAAACACAAUAAUAUAAACAAUGUAUUUCACUCAUUCUCCUGAGUUACCCCACACUCACCUUUUCACUUUCCCUCCUCAUUCUGCUGAGUUACCCUCAUACAUACCUGUCCUUCUCUAAUAACCCUCUGACCCCCUCUAUUCAUGAUGUUCUGUCGGUGGCAGCAAUCAUAGGAAAGUUAUGUCUGACCAAUAGAAGUGACAGUCACCCAUUGAUAUGGUCCGAUAGGCAAUACAUGCAGAUAUAUUAUCAUUAGCCAAUAGGAAUCCCAUUGACUAAACAACCAAUCACCAUUGUAUGAAAAAUGUUGGGACAAUACACACAUGGUCUGAAAAUUAUACAAAACUUCA